UUCCGCACUCGCCUAUUGGAUAUUCCCUUUCUCUUCCUCGAUCUCCGAACUCUAUAGAUCUCCCACUCUUUAGAGCUCGAUCAAUCAGUACUCAUCAAUCGAUUCGAGCUCGCUGAACUCGCGAUCUAGAUCUCAAAUCCUGCGACUAGAUAUGUUGAAGAACGGGGUGAUGGAGUGUAGCGUUUGCCACUCAAAAUUGAUAUCACAGAACGCUAGAGCGGUGUCGAGGGCGUACGAUAAGCACAGGAGCAGUGUAUCGUCGAAGCAUCGAGCUCUCAAUGUUCUUCUUGUUGUUGGUGACUGUGUCUUGGUUGGUCUCCAGCCUAUUUUGGUCUACAUGUCGAAGGUGGAUGGUAGCUUUAAGUUUAGUCCCAUCAGCGUGAACUUUUUGACGGAGACUACGAAGGUUUUCUUUGCCAUUGUGAUGCUAUUAUUUCAGGCUAGGCAUCAAAAUGUAGGCGAGAAACCUCUCCUUUCUGUUUCAACCUUCGUGCAGGCUGCUCGCAAUAAUGUUCUUCUGGCUGUUCCAGCUCUUUUAUAUGCCAUCAACAACUACCUAAAGUUCAUUAUGCAGUUAUAUUUCAAUCCUGCAACAGUGAAAAUGUUGAGCAACCUAAAGGUCUUGGUUAUUGCUCUCUUGUUAAAGAUGAUAAUGAAAAGGCGUUUCUCAGUGAUUCAGUGGGAAGCUCUUGCACUUUUGCUUAUCGGAAUAAGUGUUAAUCAGCUCAAGUCACUGCCUGAAGGUACCAAUGCACUUGGUCUUCCAGUUGCAACGGGUGCAUACCUGUAUACUUUGAUCUUUGUAACAGUUCCAUCUCUAGCUUCAGUAUACAAUGAAUAUGCUUUGAAAAGCCAGUUUGACACUAGUAUCUAUCUUCAGAACUUAUUCUUAUAUGGUUAUGGUGCAAUCUUCAACUUUCUUGGCAUAGUUGGAACUGCCAUUGUCAAAGGAUCUAGUAGCUUUGACAUCCUUCAGGGCCACUCUAAAGCUACAAUGUUACUGAUCGUCAACAACGCAGCACAAGGCAUAUUAUCAUCAUUUUUCUUCAAAUAUGCAGACACAAUCUUGAAGAAAUAUUCGUCAACAGUUGCCACUAUUUUCACUGGCAUAGCAUCUGCUGCACUUUUUGGUCAUACUCUAACUAUAAACUUUAUCUUGGGAAUCUCUAUAGUGUUCAUUUCAAUGCACCAGUUCUUUUCUCCACUUGCAAAAGUCAGAGACGAGACACCACAAGGGACAGUAGAAAUGAAUGAUCCCAAAAAUAUCAGGUCCACAGAAGAAUCUUUUGUAAAUAUGACGGCUGGUGCAACUGAAGAUGCUAGUCAUCGUGUUAAACCUGACGAGAGGCAGCCACUGCUCCCUAUCUGAUCUUACUCUCUAGGCAUUUCAUAUUCAUUAGAUACUGAUUUAGCGCCUCUUAUGCUCUAGGUAUUUUGGGAGGAGAUCCAAUAUAGAGACGAACAAAACUAUACGUUGCGGGAUAAAUAUAGUAUAUAUACUCAUAGAUGUAAGCAGAUUAUAGGCGAAAAGCAAGCAUCGGGGGCUUGAAAUGGACGAAGAUCUUGCAUCGAGAUCUCCAAAUGAAUGACAGUGAGAUAUUAUAUUUCAUCACUGAUUGAAUUCUAUGUAUCAUAAAUGACAUUGUUUGCUCUAUCAUAGUGAUUUUUGUCCAGGUCCUGCUGCUUCUCAAUGUAUUGUUCUCGGCUAUUUUCACUGUAAAGACUGUAACACGAGUUUUCUUUUAUUAUUUUUAAUAAAAAAUGGAGGCCCGAAAUAGUGUUUUCCUCUGCUGA